AUGACUCUGCGAGGAGGCUUUGAGAGAACGUGGAUUGGCUGCUGUAGAGGUGCCUGCUGCUGGGUGUUGCUGCUGGCUUGUUAUUUCCUGAUGGCCUUGGCAGCCAAGCCGAAAAUGCCAGGCCACACACACCUCAAUUCAAUACGCAUUGAUGGGGAGAUAUCCCUGGGCGGACUGUUCCCAGUGCAUGCGAGAGGGAACGACGGCAAAGCCUGCGGGGAGCUUAAGAAGGAGAAAGGGAUCCACAGGCUGGAGGCCAUGUUAUUUGCCCUGGAUCGAAUCAAUAAUGACAAUGAGCUGCUGCCUAAUAUCACUCUGGGGGCCCGCAUCCUGGACACCUGCUCCCGGGACACUCACGCUCUGGAGCAGUCACUGACAUUUGUUCAGGCGCUGAUUGAGAAAGACUCCACGGAUGUCAAAUGUCUCAGCGGGGGGCCGCCCAUCAUCACUAAGCCGGAGAGAGUGGUGGGAGUGAUCGGUGCAUCUGCCAGCUCCGUGUCAAUCAUGGUAGCCAACAUAUUGCGUCUCUUCAAGAUCCCUCAAGUGAGCUACGCCUCCACGGCUCCAGAACUGAGUGACAACACCCGCUAUGACUUCUUCUCCCGGGUGGUGCCCCCGGACACCUACCAGGCCCAGGCCAUGGUGGACAUCGUCAAGGCCAUGGCCUGGAACUACGUCUCCACUGUGGCUUCAGAGGGAAACUACGGAGAAAGCGGUGUCGACGCGUUCAUUCAAAAGUCUCGAGAGGACGGUGGCCUGUGCAUUUCACAGUCGGUGAAGAUUCCACGUGAGCCGAGAACUGGAGAGUUUGACAAGAUAAUUCGCAGGUUGAGUGAGAACCCGAACGCCCGAGUGGUCAUUAUCUUCGCCAGUGAGGAUGACAUCAGACGUCUCCUUCAAGCUGCUAAGAAGGCCAAUCAAACAGGACAUUUCAUCUGGGUGGGCUCGGACAGCUGGGGCUCAAAGAUCACCCCCAUCCUGAACCAGGAGGAAAUGGCUGAGGGCGCCGUCACCAUCCUCCCCAAACGACAAUCCAUCAAAGGUUUCGAUCGCUAUUUCAUCAGCCGAACAUUGGAGAACAACCGGAGGAACAUCUGGUUUGCAGAGUACUGGGAGAACAACUUCCAGUGCAAGCUGAGUCGACAUGCGGCGAAGAAAGGAUCCGGCAUCAAAAAAUGCACAAAUCACGAGCGGAUCGGGAAAGAUUCGUCUUAUGAGCAGGAGGGGAAGGUCCAGUUUGUGAUUGACGCUGUGUAUUCCAUGGCCCACGCUCUACACAACAUGCACAAAGACCUCUGUCCUGGAAAAGUGGGCCUCUGCUCCAAGAUGGAUUCCAUAAAUGGCACACUGCUGCUCAAGUACAUCCGCGAUGUCAACUUCACAGGAAUUGCCGGCACACCAGUGGUCUUCAACGUGAAUGGAGACGCUCCGGGUCGCUAUGAGAUCUUCCAGUACCAGAUGGAAAAUAACAACACAGAGUACAAGACCAUCGGCCGGUGGACGGAUAAGCUCUACUUAGACACCAGUAGGAUGCAGUGGCCGGGUGGAACACAAGAAGUCCCCUCCUCUGUUUGCAGCCAACCUUGCCGUGCUGGCCAGCGCAAGAAGACAGUCAAGGGAAUUCCAUGUUGUUGGCACUGCGAGAAUUGUGACGGGUACCAGUACCAGGCCGACACUUACACAUGCAAGAUGUGCCGUUUUGAUUUGCGGCCUAACAACAACCACACUGGCUGUGAUCCCAUUCCCAUUGUUAAGCUGGAGUGGAGCUCCCCCUGGGCAGUCAUCCCUGUCCUAAUCUCCGUCUUCGGCAUCAUGGCCACGAUGUUUGUGGUCGCCACCUUUAUACGCUACAAUGACACACCCAUUGUUAAGGCAUCGGGUCGAGAGCUGAGCUACGUGCUGCUGACGGGUAUUUUUCUGUGCUACGCCACAACAUUCCUCAUGAUCUCCACUCCUGAUGUGGUAAUAUGCUCACUGCGAAGGAUUUUCCUCGGCCUGGGUAUGAGUAUAAGCUAUGCAGCACUGCUUACCAAGACAAAUCGGAUCUACAGGAUUUUUGAGCAGGGCAAGAUGUCGGUCAGUGCCCCUCGAUUCAUCUCCCCGGCGUCCCAGUUAGUCAUCACUUUCAGCCUGAUAUCAGUGCAGCUCCUCGGAGUGUGCAUCUGGUUCGGUGUUGACCCGUCACAAGCCAUCAUCGACUACCAGGACCAGCGUACCACCAAUCCUGUAAUGGCCCGUGGUCUUCUGAAAUGUGAUAUAUCCGACCUGUCCCUCAUCUGUCUGCUGGCUUUCAGCAUGCUGCUGAUGGUCACCUGCACGGUUUACGCCAUCAAAACCAGAGGGGUUCCCGAGACAUUCAACGAGGCCAAGCCCAUCGGCUUCACCAUGUACACCACCUGCAUCGUGUGGCUUGCCUUCAUCCCCAUCUUCUUCGGGACCUCACAAUCAGCAGAAAAGAUGUAUAUCCAGACCACAACCUUGACCAUCUCCGUGAGCCUCAGUGCUUCUGUCUCGCUGGGAAUGCUCUACAUGCCCAAGGUCUACGUGGUUCUCUUUCAUCCGGAGCAGAACGUACCCAAGCGCAAGCGCAGCCUGAAGGCUGUAGUCACUGCAGCCACCAUGUCCAACAAGUUCAACCCUAAAGGUGGCCUGAGGCCCAAUGGAGAGGCCAAGUCUGAACUCUGUGAAAGUCUCGAAACACAAGUGCUGGCCUCCAAGCAGACUUACAUAAGCUACAGUAACCAUGCCAUCUAA